AUGUCCAAAAUCUCAGUCGCCGGAGUGCGGGAGAAUGUCCAAGCCGUCCUCGACUACUCUCUCAACGAGAAGAAGCGUAACUUCCUCGAGACCGUUGAGCUUCAGAUCGGUCUGAAGAACUAUGACCCCCAGCGUGACAAGCGUUUCUCCGGCACCAUUAAGCUGCCCACCAUCCCCCGUCCCAACAUGAGCAUCUGUGUCAUUGGUGACCAGCACGAUCUCGAUCGUUCCAAGCACCACGGCCUUGAUGCCAUGUCCACCGACGACUUGAAGAAGCUGAACAAGAACAAGAAGCUCAUCAAGAAGCUUGCCCGCAAGUACGAUGCCUUCCUUGCUUCCGAGGCUCUGAUCAAGCAGAUUCCUCGUCUGCUCGGUCCCGGUCUGUCCAAGGCCGGCAAGUUCCCCACCCCCGUCUCCCACGCUGAGGACCUCCAGAACAAGGUCAACGACGUCAAGUCCACCAUCAAGUUCCAGCUCAAGAAGGUUCUCUGCCUUGGUGUUGCCGUUGGCAACGUCGGCAUGACCCAGGAGGAGCUUGUUGCCAACCUCAUGCUGGCCAUCAACUACCUUGUUUCCCUGCUCAAGAAGGGCUGGCAGAACGUUGGCAGCCUUGUCAUCAAGGCUUCCAUGUCUCCCCCCAAGCGCCUGUACUAG